UUUGCUUGCCUUCAGCGAGAUAACACUUUACUCUAACUUGUAUACAAAAACUUAUCAAAAUGAAGUCAGCUCGCUUGCUACAGGUUUUGCCCGUACUUGCACAAUUUUUCUUGAUACCGUUCUGCAAAGUGGCCGCCCAGGACCCCGCCACUGAUCCAAGUUGCACUUCUGGAUCAAUGGGUGCCAUUCUGGACGAUAUUUUUACAGCCUUGCCACCCACUCGUCGAGAUUUAAAUGCGACCGCCAGAAUUAUUGGGGGACAUGACGCGCACAAUGGCGAACUUCCCUGGAUGGUUGCGCUCUACGAGUUCAAACCAGAUUUGGAUGGACCUUUAAGGGACAAAUUUGAACAAAUUUGUGGCGCCGUGCUGAUUUCGGGGCAUUUCGUUUUAACAGCAGCCCACUGCCUGUAUUUCGAUGGGUUGCACGAAUCACAAAACUGGGAGAAAGUCCUGGUCAAAGUAGGAUCGACAUCUAGAGCUAUCUCACAAGGGGAUACACGUUCCCAAUUUAUUCGUGUUGCACAAAUCGUUCUGCAUUUCGAGUUUGAUGACGAAGAGUUGUACAACGAUAUCAUCCUUAUCCGGCUUUGUCAAGACGCAUUACAAAUUCCUGGCACCGCCCCUGCCGUACUUGCCGAUCCGAACGAUCCCGCCAAUGGGCAAUAUGCCGUUCCAAUGUUUUCCGAAUUAACAGUUGCUGGUUGGGGCUUAGACAAAAACGAAGAGGAACCAGAAAACUAUCCCAGAAUUUUACAAACGACGACCGUUCAACUGCAAUUAUUCGAUGGAUGCAAUACUGACGUUUAUGAUGACGAUUUGCGAAAGGAUAUUCAAAUCUGUUGCGGGGUUCGCGGUGGUGGGCGGGACAUUUGCAAGGGCGACUCCGGCGGCCCACUAAUUUUCCUGCCGAAUAUCCUCAUUGGAAUUGCGUCUCACCAAACGGGCGACGUCAGUUUGUGUGGUGAUGCAAGUACUCCCGCCGUUUAUGCGUAUGCUCCGGCCUACUCGGACUGGGUGUUUAACCAGGUCCAUUCCAUGACUGGGAAUCCGUUCGAAAUUAUUAUAAUGAACAAAAGAUCGCUUGAAAAUGCUACACGGAGUUUGUAA